AUGUCAGAUUGGAUUUCAACCUUUCCGGGAUAUGAACAAUUAUUAACUACUGCAAAGAAAGUCUUUGGAAAAAUAAUACUGACAGGUCCAGUACCUAGACAUGUUGGUAUAAUUAUGGAUGGUAAUCGAAGAUAUGCUAGACAAAAUAAAAUAGAAAUAAAAGAAGGUCAUAGUCUUGGAUUUGAAACUAUGGCUAGUGUAUUGGAAUUAUUAUAUGAAUCAGGAGUUGAAUGUGCUACUGUAUAUGCAUUUUCUAUAGAAAAUUUUAAAAGGCUGAAUGCAGAGGUUAAAUGGUUAAUGGAUUUAGCCAAAUUAAAAUUUCAACAAAUUAAUCAACACUCAGAUUUAUGUGAAAAAUAUGGGGUAAAGAUAAAAAUCUUGGGUAAUAAAAAGUACAUGCCACGAGAUGUGGCCAAAAUAUUAAAAGAAACUGAAGAAUUAACAAAAAAUAAUAAACGAGCUACUUUAAAUGUUUGUUUCCCAUAUACAGCUCGAGAUGAAAUAGUUCAACUGAUAAAAGCAGUAGUAGAUGAAUCUACUAAGAAUCAUGAUCUUAUUAUUGAUGAAUCAGCUCUUGAUAGACAUUUGUAUACUUCUGAUUCUCCUCCAUUGGAUUUAUUAAUAAGGACAUCUGGUACUUUUAGAUUGUCUGAUUUUCUUCUUUGGCAAUGUGUAUCUCCAGAUUGUUCUAUAGUAAUGGUUGAUAAAUUAUGGCCAGCCUUUAAACCAUGGGAUAUGGCUAAAGUAUUAUUGCAAUGGAGUUUUAAUCAAUAUUGGUAUGGUCAUGGUAAUGGGUAUACUACUUCAACAGUAAGUGGUAUUCAAUUAUAUCAAAGUAGUUCUUUAAUAGAUUUAAAUGAUACAAAAUCAUCUAGUGGAUAUCAAAGGCAUGCAGAAUGGCAAGAUGAUAUAUCGGAAGAAGAUAUUGAUGCUGAAGAAGGAGAAGUUGAAGAUGGACAAGAAAGCUCGGGUAAUAGUAGUGUUAUAGACAGAGAUGAUGAAGUGGACACGGUUACUUCAAGUGAGUCGGAUUCUAGUAAGAAAUGA